CUCUCUCUCUCUCUCUCUCUCUCUCCCUGUGACUCUCUGCAACACAACCAUCAGGAUGGACGCAAAUCAGAGCUCCAAGAAGCGAAAGCUUCCGCCUACCCCAUCCCAUCCCUUGGUAGGCAUCUCUACCCGCAGGAAAUCUCAGAUCCAGCUCCACCGCACAUUGCACAACAACGAUUCUUCUUAUCCCCUAAAAAACGAUCUCCUUGUCCUGAUCAAGGAUCUCCGCACUAGACGGGUCUUUUCGCCCAAAUCAAUUGCCUCGUAUGGUCCGAAUCUCCACGAAAAUGUAAAUAGUAUUCAGAAAUUAGGCGUAGCUGUUGAGAAUUUAGAUCAAGGGAUUUCUUGCGGAGGCGGUGAGAAUAUGGAGAAAAAAAACUUGGUGUUGUCUUCUGCUGUGGAGGAGUUCCGAUUGGAUGAACAUAAUGGGGUUUAUCCAUAUAAUGAUGAAAGUGAAGAAGUUCAGAAAUUUGAUUUUGGGAUUUCUUGUAAAACCCAGGAUUUGGUUGGUGUGAAUCCUAGUUCGUUGGCGACCGAAGGAAAUGGACUAAAGGGUGAUUCGGAAGAUAAUGGUGUAGAUGAUGGUGAAAAUGAUGGGCUUCCGAAGGGAACUGGUGAUUUGAAUAAAUGCGAUUUUCAGACGACGCCGCCUGAUUCUGAGGCAUUUGGUAAUGGGCAUGCUAAUGAAAAAGGAGGGAAGCCUCCAAUUGGAAGUACUCAAAGAAUUGAUACGUGCGUUGGACGGGCUUUUGGUAACGACUAUAAUGAGAAGAAGAAUGACUCAAUUUCUUCCUUCAAGUCGGUGCUCAAACCAUGUUCUAGACGGAAGCUAUUCAAAACUCCUGGUUCAUUUAGCUAUAAAAGAAUGCUUCCUUUUCUGAUGGACAUCGACAAAGACAAUUCUUAUAUUCCAGAAAGUGCUGAGUGCCCAAAACUGGUGAAGUGUUUGGGACAAAAGUUGCUCCAACCAAAAUUGGGUUCUAAUGGUCAAGAAGCUGCCAUGCAUAAAUGUAUUACAAACAGCUGUUCAAUGGAGUGUUACACUGCUGACUCUGGCAAUUCUGCCAAUGAGUCAUCAGAUGGUAACAUGGCGGAUUUAACAUCGUCUAAACACUUUACUGAAUCAUUAAUACCAAUUGAUUCAAAAAAAUUGGUUGAUGAUCGCCAUGAAAAGCUCUUUGGGAAUGGAAAAAUUCAGAAAUUUGAGUUGGGGUUUACUACUAAAGAUCAUGAAAUUGACGCAAAACCUGUUCUAUCUUCGGGUUUGGAGGAUAAUGCAAAGGGUCAGAGUGACAAUGUAGAAACUGAGAAAAAGGCUACCAGGAUUCCUAGCGAAGCUCAAGAUGACAAUGUAAACACCCAGUUGUCUUGGAUUAAAUACGAGUGUCAUCCAGGAAGAGAUUAUGGAGUUGCUCAGCGCUCUGAUGAUGUAAAGCAGUCUGAGACUGGAGGAAUGAAGAAACCUAGUAAUUUUCCUUGUAAAGCUCAGAGUUUGAAUCCUAUUUUUUCUGAAUUAGAUAACAACAAAUCAUCUAAUUUAGAGCUAAGAUAUGUUGAUGAUGGUAUGGUUCAAAGUCAAAUCGUUGAUUCAAAUGAAGAGCAUGUCCAGAUGACACCAGAUGCCGAGGUCUGUACUAAAGCAGACACAGAAGAAAAUGAAAGUGCUAGAGUGGAUUUUUUUGAGAAGAGUACAGAUAAUGGCCUUGGGAAGCCACUUCUUGUAAGUAAUACAAGAAGUGCUAGCCGUGCUAGUGAUAGGAGAAACUCCAAUUCUGAAAGCAAACUGGUCUUAAAUCCAUGCUCAAGACUUAAGUUAUACAGAAGUUAUGGCUCAUUCAGCUAUAGAAGAUUGCUUCCAUUUCUUGUUGAGCUCGCAAAAGAUAAUUCUAGUGCUUCAGGGAAUGGUUAUUGCUCAAAAUUUGAGAAGGAUAAGGAAGAAAUGCGGCUUCCAUCAUGUGUUGUUUCCAACUGUCAAGAAAAUCCAGUUGUAUCAAAUGGCCACAGCUUUCAUGCAGAGCAUCAAGCUAGCCAUUCUGAUUCUGCUCAAUAUUCAUCAAACGUUGAUGAACCGAAGCUAAAAUCUCCUCAGGAUGAUCCUGAACCCACAAUUUCGCUUGAUUCACUGAAGGAACAUCAGUCGCAAGUUGAACAGGUCAAAUCAGAUAGAUACAGUCAAUUGGAAACUUCCCCUAACCAAGUGAUUUCUGUAUAUGAAGUUGAUCCAUCAGUUACCUCACCGUCUCCUGUCAGUUGUGGAACUUUGUCCAGGGAAGAAGGUACAACGACGGUGUCACGAAUGUCUUUUGACACUGAAGCAGACUGCAUUAGUUCAUUCAGAAACAAUUCUUCCAGUUCAAAGCCAGUUGAAGCAGAUGGCUUGUCUGGGAACAUAUCUCAACACGGAGCCUCAGUUCCUCCGGCAAUUGUUGGUACUGGACUCCUAAAGGGGAUUCUUAAGAGAAAUCCACGAGGAUGCAGAGGGCUCUGCACUUGUUUGAACUGUGCUUCUUUCCGUCUUCAUGCAGAGAGAGCAUUUGAGUUUUCCCGAAAUCAGAUGCAAGAUGCUGAAGAGGUGGCCUUGGAUUUGAUUAAGGAACUAUCAUACCUACGAAAUAUGUUGCAAAAAUCUGCUGAUGGUCUCAAUGAUCAUCCGACUGUUCAUGUCAAUCAGAUGCAAGAAGCGUGCAGGAAAGCAUCUGAAGCUGAAGAAUUAGCAAAACACCGCCUAGGCCAGAUGAACUAUGAGCUCAAUAUCCACGGCAGAAUCACAUGCUUUCAACCACCAAGAGUUAGAUUUGCCAAUUACGUUGAAGAAAGAGUCACUCCAGGGACAGACAUGCAUAUCAAAUAGCGUUGACCAUAUGUAAGAUAAUGCCAGCGGAUUUCGCCUGUAGGCACAUCCCUUCUUACCGAGGGACUUUGGCUAUAUUGACUGUCACAUUGCUCGAUUCUAGCUGGAAUGGUUGAAAUGCUAGCAGCAGUGAAGCAACUUGGUUAGAUAUUUGGAGAAUGGGAUUCUAUUUCAGAUCUUACUUGGAUCCCGAGAUCAUUUCUAUAUGCAGUGUGGACCUAUUCUUCAAGUUGGAGAGUUGUGAAGCUUCAAUUUACUUUCAGCAGUCUUCUCUGCUUCACGAUUUUUUAAGCCUCAUUCUUUUUAUUUUUUAUUUUUAUUUUUGUUAGAGUUCAUGGAAAUAUUCAGAGCGGAAGGAAAUACCUCAAUUUGUGUAGUUCCACUAAUGAAUUAAAUGUUCAAAUCUCCGUUAGUUCUGAG